UUCGAGAGCCAGUCCGCGACUCUAUUCUCUUCCCGAUAUAUAUGAGUAAUGCUCACCAGCCAUUCCUGACUCAACUUCCUGCCAAUGACUGAAAGAAGUGUCGCGUGGGGAUGUAUUGGAUCGAGCCGAGAACUGAUCAGUUGGGUAGCAAUCAUCGAAUCUGUCUCCACUCGAAGAGCUUGACACCCUGUCUUCCAAGCCAGAUCCCGCCCGUAGCAGAGUGCCCAAAGCUCGGCCAGAAUUGGAGUUGCUGAGCCAAUGUUCGCCACAAAACCUGCUAGCCAAUGUCCUAAGGAGUCGUGGAGGACGCCCCCUGUACCUACUGGACCAGGGUUGCCAUUCGAGGAACCAUCUAUGUUCAGAGUCAUCCAGCCUUCCGGCGGCGGGUUCCAUCAAAUGUUGGCCAACGUCCGCUGUAGUGCCUGGUUUCUGUUGCUGGGGAGGGGGUCUGGGGCGCGCCAAGCAUCACUCCGCAUCUUGGUCCUUGCCUCAAUUGAGUUCUCAAGAGAUGGAGGAGAAAGUGCUGCAUUGACUCCCUUAAAGCACGUCGCCGUUCAGUUCUUCCAGAGACACCAAGAGGCCAUGCCGAAGAAGGCCGGCCAAUCAAUUUCGGUUCCCGUGAACGCGCUGCUCAGGAGGUUACCACUAAGCCACUGCUUUGUGGUGGAGCUGAAGAAGACCUGAUGUUUCAGUGGAGGAACGUGACAAAACUAGAAAAACCUGGCAGGAGGACAGUCACGGAGCACAUUUAGAAUAGUUUCCUGCUGACCUGAACACCGUAGGCAGAAGGGGUUCCCCGCACACUUCCUGUCGAACCGAAGAGCAUUAAUCGCUAUCCUCCCUGAAAAAUUCAGCCACAUGAAGCCUCUGACCCUCUCUGGCACUUGUAAUCUCCAAAUGACCCUCCACACCUUCUCAUCCGGAUCAGGUUCCCGCUGGUUAAUGAGGUUAAAAGCUGAUUUUGCACUGUAUCGCCCAUCUUCUGAAGCCGUCCAAGACAAGGUAUCCUCCUCCCGAGAAAGCUUAUCCACCUCUAUGUUUAGGAUUUUCUGGUAGAUGUCCGUCGGCAACAAGUGUUGCAAGCACUCCGUACGCCAUCUGCCGUCAUCGUCCGCAAGGUCGACCACCAACGCCCCAUUUAGUUCCGUCGGAAUAGCUCCAGUCGCCACUUCCUUUAAGGGUACCUGCAAAAUCCACAAAUCAUGCCAAAACUUAGUUUGCCGCCCACUCUUAAUGUUCCACGCACUCCCCCUCUUCAAAAGAGUGGCAGCUUUCGAGAAGCUGCUCCAGGUGAAGGAACUUCCUUUGAUAGGACCUAGGACCUCGAAUAAAUCACAAUUUCUUAG